AUGAACUUUGAUUUGGAUGACCCAUUGGAGGGUCUUCUGAGUGACGGAAGCAACGAUAGCUUGUUCGGCAAUGACACCGGUAAGAAAUCGAAAAAAUCUACCACAAGUAGCAAACCGGAAGUAAAACAGUCCAAAAUGGAAGAUUUGUUCGGUAUCAAAUCGGACGCUCCCAAAGCGGAACCUCCGAAACCUGUUGCGGCUAUCACGGCCGAAAAAGAAGCUCCUGUCUCGUUGGACUUCUCGAAACCGCCGAUUUCCGGUCAACCUUCGAGUUUGACCAGCUUUCAGACGAGGAAAACAAGUACUCCAGUAAAGAAAGCCGAAUCGACGGCUCAAAGGAAGGAGAUUACCUUCGAUGAUAGUGAUGUCCUGUCUGAUUUAGGGUUCGACCCGAAGAAACCAAAAUCUAAAUCAAACAUACUGGAUGAUAUUCUCGGAGGACCAAUAAUAACUUCAAGUAAGGACAUAAUCUCCAAGCAAAGCAAAAAUAAGCAAUCCUUGGGGGUUGGUAAGGAUGAGACUGCUGGUACCAAAUCGAUUUCGAGGCAAUCGACGGAGACGUCGGAAAAUUUGCAAACCGAGAGUACCAUAAUGGGAGGCUAUGCUCCUAGCGGAGGUGGUGCAUCACGCCGGAGUGCAAGAAGGAAAUCUUCCACGGCUCUGCACGAUCCUCUUGGAUUGUUUUCAAGUCCACUGGAAUCGAAGAAGGCAGAUAAAGCGAGCAAGAAAAGCGCGGAUUGGUUGGGCUUGAACGAUGAUAGUACAUCAAAUGACCCGGAACCAAUCCCUAUUCCAAAGAUUGAGCCCGAAACUCCCAAGCCUGUGGAAACUAUCAAGCCGGCAACUCCCGUUCCUCCGCCUUCUGUUGUGGCUCCUGUUCAAACCGUUCAAGCAGUUCCUGUAGUGCAAUCUGUGCCAGUUUCGUUGACGACCAUGUUGAAACCGGAUAUCGCAACGGGUGCACAAACCAUGGAGUUGCUAAAUAGUGAAACUCAAAGUGCUCUUAACACCAUGCAACAGCAGGAAUUCCAACUGAUGGUUGCCAACCAAAUGAGAAGUCAGGAGCAAGCUCUCUUGGGAAUGCAACAUAAACAGCAAGCUAUUCUGCAAAAACAAGAGUCGCAAUUCAACGAUCUGUUGCAGAAACAGAUUCAGCGACAUAAUGUGUUGGAGGAGGUAAUUUCGAAGCAACAAGAACGCAUCAACACCAAUAUUCAGGUUAUGAUGACACAACCACCGCACAUUACGCCACUCAAGAUAGAACGGGUUGGAUCUGCAAAAAGGGCGGGAGGAACGAAUGCGGGUACCAACGAAGAAGAUGAUGCUCUGAAAAAAGUUGAGCUACAGUCAGAUCUUAAGCGAUUGGAGCUGGAAAAGCUUCGCAUGGAAGAUCUAAUAUCCAACAUAACUGCUAAUCACGAACAGGAAGUCACAUUAUUGGAACAGAGCUACAGAAAACAGAUGGGAUUCUUGGAGGAGAGUCUGAAGAUAAUGGAGUCUAGGAUGAAAAUCGAGAAUAAGAGCUUGGAAGACUUUUACCAGGAAAAGUUGGGAAAAUUGGAAGACGAAAAGCAGCAGCUGAUUGCUGCACACAACAAGCAGGUGCAAGAAAUGGAAGACAGUCAUGGUAUAACUGUGCAGAAGCUGAAGUCGAACUACGAUGAAAGCUUGAAGAACCUGAAGAGUGAGCACAGAGAAAUGAUUAACAAUAUUCGCGAAUCGAAGAUGCUGGAAUUUUCCGUGGUUCAGGAUAAUCAAUCCUACAUGAAUAUGCUGAAGAAUGCAUCCAACUAUCUGGAAAAUGCCUCCGGAGAUCUUCAGCAGCUACGAGAUACACUUCAAGAGCAGAUGGAGUUUACACAGAAGGAGAAAGACAUUCAACUAAAGGCUAGGGAAAAACAGUUGGAGGAUCAGCAAAGAAUGCUCGAGCGAUCAAAGGACGCAGCCGAAACGGAAAAAGUGCGAUUGCUCAAUCUGGUUGAAAUGUUGGAGGGAAAGCUCACUGAGCUAUCGAAGACAUCUUCCGAAGAACAUUGGACCUAUCAGCAGAAAAUGGUCAAGCUCGAUUGUGAGAAGCAAGCUUUCGAAAAAGAGAAAGAAUUUGCCCGAGAGAGAAUCAUACGCGAUGAAAAGCGCAUUGAAGAGCUCAAACAAAUUCAGCUAGAAGAUCACUCGCGGUUGGUACAGAAAAUCCAAGACGAAAGACAACUGCUUCUGGAAGAAAAAGUCAAAAUUGAAACCCUUUCCAAGAUUCAGAAAAAGGACCAAUUGGACCUCUCGCGAGCGGAGAUCGAUGCGGCCAUAAAGGUUGCGGAAGAUGCCGCCAAGCAAGCGGAUGUAGAACGGGAACGCCUAUUACAACUCCAACGACAGUUUGAAACUAAGCGACGGGAGCUGAUCAACCAGGAAAGUCAAUUACGAACCAAAUCAAGCGAACUGGAAACUGCCAUUAGUAGUGCCAAAAUGAAGGAACUGAAUGCCGAGAAUGCUUUCAAGGGCAUCAAGCGGGCGGAGCAGAAUCUUCAGUUGAAGAUACAGCUCGUGCAGCGACAGUUUCGGGAGAUUUCCGAACGCGAAGAUCGCCUGUCGAAGGAAAAGAUUGCGUUCAGCAAGGAACGACUGGAGUUGCAAACGAUACGAAAGCGAAUGCAAACGACGCGGUGUAGUCUGUGCAAGAUCGGAGAUCGAUCGCAGGAGAUGGGUGAGUAUUUGACGGCUGUAAACAACACCGAGUCGGUGGCAGAUGAUCGGAAGCUGGAGGCAAACUUCUUUGAAAUGCAGCACCGGGACCUCGGGAAACUGGAUCAAUUUUUCGAUGGAGACGUGGAAAGGCAGCUGCAGAGCUUCUUGGAAAGAAAUCGGGUGGAAGAAGAUGACGUGAUGGUGGGAGCUACGAAUCUUGUGCCAAACAUUGCCGAGAAUGAAGACGGGACGAUCGAUACGGAUUUGUUGGUGCUAAAGUUUGACGCGCUAAAGUCGCAGAACUUUUUCGGUGGUUAUGAUAAGUAG